AUAGAUGAAAACUGGAAAAUUGGUCUUUCCUAUCUUCCUCUCCAGAGUAAGGAAUUGGCAUCUAGAAAGGGAGCCAAGUUCACUCUCAUGGUUGCUGGUCAAGAAGGAACUGGCAAAUCCACUUUUCUUAACACUCUUUUUGGGUGCGAUUUGGUACAUGCUCUGGACACAAAUAACAGAGGAACUGCAAAUAUUGAUGUCAAUACCUACAAGUUAGUCGAAGAUACAUUUCAGUUGGAAUUAACUACUGUGGACACACCUGGAUUUGGAAAGAACACCAAUAACCAAUUUGACUGGGCUCCUAUUACUGACUACAUUGAUGAGCAAUUUAGGUUGUAUCUCUUCCAAUCAGAGCAACCUGAAAGAAUUAAGAGAGAAGAUAAUAGGGUCCAUGUCUGUUUGUACUUCAUUGUCCCUACUCUCUGUGGAUUGAAGCCCUUGGAUGUCAUUGCCAUGAGAGAGCUCUCCUCAAGGGUCAACCUUAUCCCUGUUAUCAGUAAGGGAGAUACGCUCAACAAGAAUGAGUUGAGGCAGUUCAAAGAUAUGGUCAAAAUGACAUUGAGUCUGCAAGAUAUCAAUGUCUGCGAUCUUAUUCUUGAUUCUCAGGUCUCUGCCAAAAUCAAUUCCCAGGUGCCAUUCUCUAUAAUCGGCUCCAACUUGUACUAUGUUAACGAAAAGGGAGAAAUGGUUAGAGGAAGAAAGUACCCUUGGGGGGUAGCUGAAGUUGAAAAUGAAGAACACUGUGAUUUUGUGCAGCUCCGCAAGAUUCUCAUGAGCGAAAAUAUGCUUGACUUAAUUAAUUCCACUGAAGUUCAUUAUGAAAACUACAGAAGAAACAGUCUUCAUUUCAGAUUCGUGGAAAGCGCUAACCUGGGAUAUACUUCAAAUCUUGGCGAUUUAUCGAAAAUCGAUGGUUUUCAAGAGUUAAAGAUUUACAACAGAAUUCCUCUAACGGUACUUGAAGAAAACAUAAGAAACAAGCAUCCAUCAAUUCCUUAUUACGAGAAGAAAAUUAGAGCAGGUUUGUCUGGUAUUGUAAGCAACCAGGAGCUGCGCUUCAGAGAAUGGAAAUCAGCCUUAGUCAAGAAACAAGAUGUGUUGAACAGAGAUAUCGAGCAUAUUCACGACAAAUUGAUCAAGUUGCAAGAGUUGGUAUCCAGGUUGGAAACG